UCCAAGUUUGGAGCUUUUAGCUGCCAGCCCUGGCCCAUCAUGUAGGUGCAGCAGAGCCUUCCCUUCCAUUGCAAUUGGGAAAAAAAUUACUUUGCAAUCUGUUUUGCAAGGUGUGCAAUUGCACCGCCCCUCUCUGCAAAGAGAUCUGCUGCAGCAAGUCAGAAAAACUCCAGUUGCAUGAAGAUUGAGCGCUUGCAGUUUGCAUCUUUGUUGCAAAACUAGCUACAGAAGAGAGGCAAGGCAAAGUCUUUUGUGCUCCCCUCCCCCAUCAAAGCAAAGGGGAAAAUGUCUCAGCCGAGAGGCAAGAAGAGAAACCCUGGGCUGAAAAUUCCUAAAGAAGCGUUUGAACAACCACAGACAAGCUCUACGCCCCCUAGAGAUUUAGACUCCAAAGCCUGCAUCUCUAUUGGCGAGAAGAACUUUGAAGUGAAGGCCGAUGACCUGGAACCGAUCUCUGAACUGGGCCGAGGUGCGUACGGGGUGGUGGAGAAGAUGCGGCACAUGCCUAGCGCACAGAUCAUGGCGGUGAAGCGGAUCCGAGCCACAGUGAAUAGCCAGGAGCAGAAGAGGUUACUGAUGGACUUGGACAUCUCCAUGAGGACGGUAGACUGCCACUUCACAGUCACUUUCUAUGGUGCGCUCUUUCGAGAGGGAGAUGUGUGGAUUUGCAUGGAGCUGAUGGAUACCUCAUUGGACAAAUUCUACAAACAUGUCAUUGACAAAGGCCUGACGAUUCCUGAAGACAUCUUAGGGAAAAUAGCCGUCUCUAUUGUAAAAGCACUAGAACAUCUACAUAGUAAGCUCUCCGUAAUUCACAGAGAUGUAAAGCCCUCUAAUGUGUUGAUCAAUACACAGGGGCAGGUGAAAAUGUGCGAUUUUGGAAUUAGCGGUUACCUCGUUGACUCUGUUGCUAAAACCAUGGAUGCAGGAUGCAAGCCCUACAUGGCUCCUGAAAGAAUCAACCCAGAGCUAAACCAGAAGGGAUACAGCGUCAAAUCGGAUAUCUGGAGUCUGGGAAUCACCAUGAUCGAGCUGGCGAUCCUAAGGUUUCCGUAUGACUCCUGGGGGACGCCGUUCCAGCAGCUCAAACAGGUGGUGGAGGAGCCGUCACCGCAGCUUCCGGCGGACAAGUUCUCAGCGGAGUUUGUCGAUUUUACCUCACAGUGCUUGAAGAAGAAUUCCAAAGAACGGCCAACAUACCCAGAGCUUAUGCAACACCCUUUCUUCACCCAGCACGAAUCCAAAGAGACAGAUGUGGCUUCUUUUGUAAAACUCAUCCUGGGAGACUGAGAAAUGGACUUGUACAUGAUUUGCCCUUCUGUGGACUGGUGGGUUUAGGGGAAGGGGUGUGCGGCGGGGCUCAGUCACGAAAGCACCAAUAGAAAGUCGCCUUUUUUAAAAAAUUUUAAAAUCCCCGCCUCUCCAAUGUUUUUAAAGGGUUCUUUGGUAUCCAUAGUGACAUAGAGUGAACUGGUUAGUGAAAUGAAUUUUAAUAAGGUUGGCACCCUUCAAACAAACAAAAUAAUUUUUAACAAGGGUGAUUGAAAUAUUUAAUGACAGUCAAGAUUCCCCUCCCCCCCCCAACUUUCUCCUCAACCCCCUUCCCUUGUUUCUGUCAAAUUGCUUUUGUCAUGGUAAUAGGUGCUAUGGUAGUCAUGAAGUUGUAUGUAGAUUUAUAUUUUGUCCCUUCCAUUAUUUUAAUAUUUAUGUUAAGUGCUUGAUUGAAUAGAUUUCUGUUUUAUAUGAGAA